AUGGGCUACAUUAACAGCAUUCUAGGGUCUCAGCUGCAAGCUCAACUGGUGGAGGAGGCAAUUCCAACGCUAUGCAACCGACUACAGCAUGCAACCAUGGCCUCGGAUCGACGCUCAGCCGUGCUUGGACUCAAGAGUUUCAGUCGGCAGUAUAGGGAAACGGUUGUAGAGCACGGGCUUCGAGCGUUGAUCUCGACUUUUAAAAAAGACCAUGAGAAUCUGCUCAUAGCCAAGGCGAUUUUGGAAUCGUUUCUCAUUCUUAUCAUCCGAGGAGAGGCCAAUGAAGACUUGACAAGAGGGUGGAUUUCGCAGCAGCUGCGGAAGCAUAAUGGCAAGUACCCGCUGCCGCUUCUAAUGGAGGAGAUCUCGGUGGACCAAUUGUCGUUGUGGAUUGCCGAUGCGUUGAUGCAGGAUCCGGAGGUCUUGAGGCUCUUGAUUGAGAGCUUGGAAGAAGGCGACUACCACUUGAGGUUGUACACCAUUCAGCUAUUGGAGUUUUUGGUCUCGUGUCGAGGGAUGAGGAUAAAAGAGAUGCUUUUAAACACACCAACGGCCAUUCUGACAAUAUGCAAUUUGCUCAACGACGACAAUGAACCAGUUCGAAACGAGGCUAUUUUGCUUCUCAUGGCCCUCGUCAACAACAACUUCAACAUUCAGAAAAUGGUGGCAUUUGAAAAUGCCUUUGAGGUUUUGUUCAACAUUAUUCAAGAGGAAGGCGGCAUCCGUGGCUCGAUUCUUGUCCAGGAUUGUCUCACACUCAUUACAAACUUGCUCCAGUACAAUGCUUCCAACCAGAAAUUCUUUAUGGAAACGCAAUGCGUGCCCCGGCUAGCUAUGCUCAUUGGUGAGCCGACUGAAGAUCCCGAGGUUAUCAUGGAGGGAGAAAACGAGCUUGUCAACGGGUCGGGCGUCCCGCUCGUUUGGACCGAACAGAGGAUCCAGAAUAUGGUUAUCGCGUUGGAGAUUUGCCGAUUGUUGGUUGCAGAGGAUAACGAAUUUGUCGUUGAAAAUCAAGACCAUUUGUACCACGCGGGUAUACAUUACAUUGUGCUAAAACUCAUCUUUUCGCCGCUUACAGAAAAUUCGCUUCGAGCAGUGGCUUUGUUGACAGCUGCUGAUGCCAUUCGAGGAAACCAUGCUAUUCAGUUUGGGUUUUCCAAAAUUGAUAUUCCUUACAUUGAUCCGUCAUUGCCAUCGCAUAUCCAGCAAUACGACCGAUUAAUUCUGGUGCCGCUAGCGUUGUUGAAUUGGUGUUUAUUUAUAAAUUCAGUUCAUCUGUUUGAUAUAAGGAUCAGUGCUGCAUUUUGCUUGCAGGCUUAUUUUAAAGAUAAUCAAGAGUCAAAGCUGGCGUUUCUCAAGGACCAGAUUGAUGCAUACUACGGUAAGAGUCAAGGGCUUCAUAUUGGCGCAGAAGAAGCUUCAGAGGCAACCAAAGUCCACGAGGACAACGAGGACCACCAAGAACACGAGUCCACCAAGGUUCACAGGGCCACAGAGGCUGCAGAAGGGGACCCCCAAUUAAACGGCAAUAGCACGCCGACGCCUUUUGGAAACGUGUUGAAAAUUCUUAUGGACUACGACGUGGACGUGAAACUCAACCCGUACAAGGUGUGGUUUGCAGCGUUGAUUUUAAUGUACAUUUUUGAGCAUGAGCCCCUGAACAGGGACACGGUCAGGGCCGUCAAGACUGGAGUCGAGGAGGCCGGAGAGGAAGUGAUGAACUCCAUUCAGGCCAUGUCUGAAUUGCUCGUCACGACAUUUGACGACGCGGACCAGCGAGUGGCGAUUGGCUAUUUGAUGCUUUUAACGUCCUGGCUCUUUGAAGAUUUUGAAGCCGUGAACGACUUUCUCCGCGACAGCACGGUUGUUAAAUCAAUUGUCGCCUUUUUGUCCAAUAAUAGAUCCGAAAACGGUACUCUUGUAAAGGGGAUGGCUGCCAUAUUAUUGGGAGUGGCAUACGAGUUUUCAUCCAAGGACUCUCCCAUUUCCAGGCAAGAACUUCAUGCGUUGCUAUUAAAAGGAAUCGGAAUGGACAACUAUUCUUUCAAAGUGAAGCAGUUGGGAUCCGAUCCUUUGUUUAGAUAUUUUGACGAGUCGCUGAAUUUCUUAUCGGUGCAAGAGGAAAGCGGCUUGCCCGAUGUAUAUUUUGAUUUGGCAUACGUCAACUUGGUCCGGGACCAUUUCACGAGAAUCAAGAGGGCCUUGUUCCAUGAUCCUGCCUCGGAGCCUCGCGGAAAGAUUUCAUUCGAGGCGUUUGAGGAAAUUGACGCCCGUGCCACAGAUCUAGCCAAGGAAUUAAAGUCAGAGAAGGAAAAAGCUCGAGAGAGCGAUGCACUGUUGAAAAAGCAAAUUGAAGAAUUGAUCAGCGCAAAGCAAACGCUAGAGCACAGCUUGUACCAAAUUGAGCAAAAAUUGGCCCACACCGAAAGCGAGUUGUCGAAAAUCAACGAGAGUUUCCAAACAACGUCGCAAGAGCUCGCCGACCUCAAAACCUUCACCCGGAAUCUCGAGUCGUCUUCGGGCCAAGACAAGAAAAGCUUAAAGGAGGCGCUAGCCAAGGUUGAUUUUUUGCGAACUCAGCAAAAGCAAAUUGAAGCUCAAUUGAAUGGAACCGAACUGGCAAAGAAGAAAUUGGAAGCUGGAGUCAAUUCCAUGACUAAAGAAUUGUUCCAAAUGAAAAAAGUGAACACGGAGAGCGAGAACAAAAUCAAACAAUUUGAGCGAGAUUUGAGUCAUGCCACUGCCGAGACACAAAAGACAAGGAACAAUUAUGAAGGUCGUAUUGCGCAAAUCAAGGCGGAUAAGGAACGGGCAGAAAAGUUUUUGGCUGAAUUUCGGGCUGAAUUGGAUGUGCACAAGGCCAAGAUUGCGCACCAGGAGACGACUUUAGCGACAAAGACAUCGGAGGUUGAGGAGUUGAAACACCAAGUAAGCGAGUUUGGUAGGAAAUUGGACGCACUAACGAAUGAGAAAAGUUCCUUGCAGGAGGAGUUGGCUGCAAAGACGUUGGCAGUCACCGAGCUAAAGAGUUUAGUUGAUGAUUGGAAGCUGCAAGAACAGAAAGCAAAAGCCGAAGCUGUGAAAAUGGCCGACAAGCUUAAAAAGGCUCGAGAGGAUACGAUUCAUCAAGAGGCAGAGUUUAACGAGAAGCUCAGCAAAGCCAAGAGGGAGAUUGAAACGUUGACUCUGGAAAAAGCAGCAGUUGACAAGAAGCUUGAAACUAGCGAGGCAAAGAUUAAAAGUCUUGAGGAGAAAAUUGAAAAAUUAAACUCGGAUGCUGCAAAUGGAAAGACCUCACUAAGCGAAAGCUUGGGUCAGAUUGAAAAGCUCAAGUUGGAUCUUGAGCAGAAAACAGCUCUUGAGACAGAGUACAAGAAGUUACAGAGCCAGCAUGAAAAACUAGUCAUUGAGAAAGAUGAGACUGCGGAAAAGUUGUUUGAAGUUGAAAAGAGACUCGCCGAGGCUAACACCACCACCACCUCUUCUAAACUGAAAACAGCUGACCUCGAGGCGCAACUUACAAAGCUUCGCAGCGAAUAUGAAGAUUCAAUUUCCAAAAUAAAAACCCUAGAGGAGAGUGUUUGCGACCGAGAGGCUGUAAAGGAGGAGCUUCGAAAAUUACAAGAUGAACUCAAACUUGAGAAGGAGGCCAAAUCAGAACUUGAAAAGAAGAAGACAGAAUUUGAGAGUGACAUUUCAAGUCACAAGUCUAGUCUGAAAGAGGCCAGCGAGCAGAUGAAGCGGUUGAAAGAUGAAAACGAGGCACUCAAAGUUGACAAAAGGGACCUCGCUGAAAAAAUUGAGCAACUUGAAAAAACUGCAUCCGAAGCGGCCACUCAACAACUGAAAGGAGACGAAUCCUCAGCCUUGUCAAAAGAUAUCGAGGAUUUGAAAAGCCAAAACAAGAGUUUAGCAACAGAAAAGCAAACCCUUUUGGACCAAGUGAAAGAUUUGAAAUCCCAAGUAGACGAUGCAGAAAAGAUGGAGUUGAAAAAGAAAAUAACCUUCAUGGAAGUGGAAAAGGAUAAACUCGCGACGAAUGUUGAAGCAUUAAAGAAAGAAAUUGGUGACCUCAAAGCUGCCCAGACGGCGACGGAGAACAAAAAGGUCAAAGAACUUGAGGACCAGAAUGAAGAGGCCCGCAAGAAACUAGACCAACUCCACAGCCAGGUUGCCAAGUUGUCCGAGGAAGCUGCAUCGCUCAAAGAGAGUAAACUCAGAUCGGAAGAAGCUCUCCUGGGAUCGAAGGCCGAUCUUGAGCUGCUCGCAAAGAGCACAAAGCAAGAGAAGGAAGACGCAGAGACGAGAUUGCAAGCGCGAAUCCAGGAAUUGGAGACCAAGCUCGAAGCGUAUGUGCCCAAGUCUGAGUUUGACGAUUUGAUGCUAUUGAUGUCCGAUUUGGAUGAAAGAAAAAGCAAAUACAUCAACAAGUUGAAAGCGUUGGGUCAGGAAGUCACCGAAGACGAAGAACUGAGUGAUGACGACGACGACGACGACGACGACGACGACGAUGACGCCUAA